AUGUCUUCCAGACUCGUUGGAUCUGCCAGAUUCGCCAAGUCGUUUUCCGCUCAGUACACCGGCACCUUCACAAGCCCAUUUUCUCCCGGCAGAUGCUUCCACAAGUCCAUCAAGAAAACCAGCGUUGCCUUUGCUGCUGGCCAUUUUGACUCUGCCUUCUUGAAAGACUUUUCCACAGGCGAGCUUUUCCUGUUCAUGGUCAUUGGCAUGGCCACGCUCAACAAACCGAUUUUGAAUAUUUGCAUCAAGGCGUUUCCUUACGUGCCGCUCCCUAUUAUCAAGGCCCUUGUGUACAAGAUCUACUGCGGUGGAGAGACCAUCGAGGACGUCAAGCAGACCGGCCAGCGAUUGGCCACCAGAGGAAUCAACAACAUGAUGAUCUCCUUGACUAUCGAGGCCUGCGAGGGCAACGAUAACAUCGACCCCCAGUUUAUUGUGGACGAGACCAAGAGAUCUGUCUCUGAGAUCUUGGUGCCCCACACGGUCUCAAUCAUCGAGAAUUCCGGCAAGGAUAUCAACUCCAUCCCGGCCGGAUACGUCGCCUUGAAACCCACGGGGUUCACCAAAAACGCCGCGGCCGUCUUGAGAAACCACGACUCUCCUGAGAACAAGGCAGCCUUUGAGGAGAUUGUGGCCGGUGCUUCCGCCGUGUGCAAGACCAUUUAUGAGGCCAACCAGAAGUUGGCCCAGAAAUACCCCGCCAGAACCGCGCCGUUUGUGGUUGGUGUCAUUGACGCAGAAAAGUACGACCUCCAGCCCGGCGUGUAUGAGUUGCAAAGAAGAUUGUACCAGCUCUACAACAAGCUCGACGCCCCGGUUUCCGUGGUGGGAACCUUGCAGAUGUACUUGUCGGGCUCCUCGGACUUGUUGGCGGAAGAGGAAAAAUUGGCCCGGGAGAACAAGUACAGGUUGGGCUUGAAGUUGGUGAGAGGUGCGUACAUCCACUCCGAACAGCAGAGAGCCAGUGUCAUCCACAAGACCAAGGAGGACACCGACAUCAACUACAACCGGGGCAUUUCGUACUGCAUCGAGUCCAUCUUGGGCAGCCAGGGCAAUAGCUCCACGGUCGGCCACUUGGUGGUGGCCUCGCACAACGCCGACUCUUUGAAGUUGGCCACGGAGAAGACGUACAGAGGCGAAAACUCCUUUCAAAACACCAACAAGGCCAACAUUUGUCUCGGCCAGUUGUUGGGCAUGGCAGACUCCAUCACCCACGACUUGAUCAAGACUCACAAAGUGGACAAUGUCAUCAAGUAUGUUGCCUGGGGCCCACCUUUGGAGACCAGGGAGUACUUGUUGAGGAGAUUGGAGGAGAACGGCGAUGCCGUGAAAAACGACACUGGUUUGCCUUUGAUCAAGGCAGCCGCACGGGCCAUUUUCCAGAGAGCCUCUGCGUAA